GCCAUGAAGUAGGAAUGUUAUUUGGGAAUGAUUUUAGGGAAGACAUUCAAGCUACUAGCCAAAGAUUGAGGCAGACAUAUUGGAAAAAACCAUUGACAAGGAUAGUAUUGUUGAAGAAUUUAGAGAAGCAAAUGAUCUGUCAUGCGUUCUACCACAACUAAAGUGGAUAUGUAAAGAAGGAUGACAUGGAAAAUUUGCCUUAGAGUUAUUAAACAAAGUCUCCAUCUAAACCAAACUCUCUUUGCCUUCUCAAUAUUUCCCCCUUAUCAUCAAAGUGUCAGGAGUGGUACAGUCUGCUAUUUGUUCCUUCACCAGGCAUUCUUGUGAUGUCAGAGCACAAGCUCACCUACUAUUGGUUGAGACCUUGAUGAUGAAUCAGGUCUGAGGGUGUGGCCUUCCCUACUCUGCCAGUUGUUCACAGCCCCUCGAGGGAGAAACGACUAGCGCCCCCUCGCGACUUGGUGAUGGAGAGUCUUGGCGAGAAGCCCCAGGAAUCAGUGUCCGACAUGGACCUCCCAUCGUCCACCAGUGAUGCUCCCAUGGCAGCGAACGGGCCAGUCCUUAUGGUAAAGACCAAGGCAGCUCUAAAGCAGUAUCCACCUUACAAGUUGCGCGGAAAGGCACACAAGAGGCACAAACACGGAAAGCACUCCUCAAAGAAGAACAAGAGAAAGAGGAAGGCGGAAGAGGCAGCUGCCCUCAAAUUGAAGAAAAUCAAAGUGAAACUGGUGACUGCAAUGCCUGCACCUCAGGAGGAAGAGCCUGCUAAGCAAGCCAAGGAGGAGCACGCGACUGGAGAACCAAGCGUGGCCGCAGCAGCCGAUGAGGGGGAGAGCCAAUUAAAAGGCUAUCGCGAAGAUGGGGGAAUGCCCACAUAUGACGAAUAAAAUCGCAUUGGUAUAAAUUUAUUAAAUUAAAAAUAAAUUCAAUUUAAUUGAAACGUUAUGUGUUUGUGAGUGUCUAACGGCGAAACCAGGAAAGGGAAAGAAAAAUGAUGGUUAUAGAGGAAGAGAGGGAAGAUGGGUGGGUGAAUGGCAAUGGAGAGAUUUGUUUCUCACUAGGUUUGGGGCAGUCAUUGUGGGUGCAUGGAAGAGGGGGAGUUUGGGUGGGUAGAAGACAAGGGAGGGAUUUGGGUCUCCAAAGGUUUGGGGUAUCAAGGGUGGGUUCAAGGAAGAGGGGGAGUUCGGGUGGGUAGAAAACAAGGGAGGGAUUUGGGUCUCCAAAACUUUGGGGCAGUAAUGUUGAGAGCAUGCAAACAGGGGGAGUUUGGGUGGGUAGAAAACAAGGGAGGGAUUUGGGUCUCCAAAGGUUUGGGGCAGUAAUGGUGGGUGCAUGGAAAGAGAGGGAGUUUUGGUG